AUAACCUAAUUCUAUUAAAUGACUACUAACCUUAUUGAUAAUUAUCCUAAUAAUAAUUAUAUUAAUAAAUAGAGAAACCCUACAGAAAUUGGUUUCUAACACAUACAAUCAACUUUCUAGGAGGAGCAGGGAAGGAUUGGCCAAUUGGGGGUCAGAUCGGAAGGAGAGAAGGUUUUUGGGGGAGAGAGCAGAAUGGGGACUGGGCAGGCAGCAGGUGUGUUGGAGAUAUUCUUUCGUAAUUGGAUUAGAUUGGUUGUAUUAAACUACUAAUCACUAUCCAAUUGGAAUAUAGCUUGUACAACUCGUCAUAAAUGGAAUCUGCUCACCCAUAGUGGCCCAUGGUGGGUGGCCUGGAUUUACUUGUAUAGGAUAAAGGAAGCUUCUUUCUGGGAAUUAACUGCUGGUUCUACUUGUUCAUGGGUGUGGAAACGUUUACUGAAAGUUAGGGAUAAGGUAGAGGGGUUUCUGAACUACUGGGGUAAUCAUGUUUUCUGGAACAAUAAAAGAAUGGCAAAAUACACUUGUAUAGCCAAAACUUUGACGUUUUUGUCAAAUAUAGCCACUUUUGGCAAAAUACCAGAAAUAGCCAGCUUUUAAAGUUGUUGUAUGACAAAUAUAGCCAUUUCCGUUAGAUACUUUAACGGUGUUAUUCACACCGUUAACUUAUUUGACAAUUUGAUGACUAAGCACCAACUCAGCGAACAUGUCAGCGCCACAUAAGCAAAUAGUGACACGUCAGAUAUUUCAAUUAUUAAUAUUUACAAAUCAUAAAUUAAAAAAUUAAAAAAAAUCACCCUCAUAUACCCCCUCUGCGACCCAUUUUCCCCAACUUCCCCCAAAAUUGAUUUUAGGGUUCUUCCCCAAAAUCAACGGCGACGACACGAACAGAGAGAUACCCAGAAGCAGCGGCGGCUUAUGGAAUCUGGGUUUCUGAUCGGGUGGGACGGCGGAUCGAGGGAAUCGGCCGGGUGGGAAGCCGCUACCUCUUUUCCACCGACCAACUACGAUCUCAGCUUCCAUCGUAGUCACCGCCAUCGUCACCAAAUUGCAUGUCCGGAAGAAGCCGCCCACCAUGAAUGGCGCUCCAAAGUUUCCCCUAAAACCACUAAUAUGCAACCGAAAUCCUAAUUCACAAAUCCAAUCGAACCAAAAUCAGAUUCAACCCCCUAGAGACCCUAAACCAAAUUCAAUUUCCCCCAAACUUCACUUCCUCCACCAUCCUGUUCGACUGAAAGGCAAAAAGACCAUGGGGAGGAAAAAGGAAGUCGUCGAGUUCGAGGAAUCGCCGCCGGAUGACUUCGAUCCGUCCAAUCCGUACAAGGAUCCCAUGGUGAUGCUUGAGAUGAGGGAGCACGUCGUGAGGGAGAAGUGGAUCGCCAUUGAGAAGAUCAAGAUUCUGAGGGAGAGGCUCUGUUGGUGCUAUGCGUCGAAGGUGUCAACCACCACCAGAAAUGUCGCCACCUCGUCGAGGAGUACCUGGAGUCCCCCUGUCCACUCUUCUUCCCAGCUAGGAACGCCGUCCUCUAGUCGCGGAAGUGGGACGACCAGGAGAUUUGGGGUUUUUGGCUUUUGGGUGUGAAGAGGAGAGUUGAGUGCAGGAUAGAUGGGGUGAGAUGAAGUGAUUUUGGCGAAGGCAACGUAGGUUAGGAGGAAGAAAAGGAGAGAGGUGGGAAGAUGAGGCGGAUUCAAUCUCCAGUUAGGAAAUUUUGAACUAAUUUUUUAUUUAAUUCAAGUUAAAGGAUAAAAAUUUAAUAAUUUUCCACCUGGCAUUAUUUUUGAAUAAAAUAUGCCACGUCAACCUCUGUUGUUAGUCCAGUUAGCACAUUAACUAACACCGUCAAACAAUUGGACGGAAGUGGCUAUUUCUGGUAUUUCACCAAACGUGGCUAUAUUUGGCAAAAACGUCAAAGUUUUGACUAUACAAGUGUAUUUUGCCUAAAAGAAUUCUUAAGUACUUUGUGAAGACUGUUUGGGCAGAUUUGCAGCAAACAAGCAGCUGGUGGACUGGUUUCAUCUCAUCUGGUGUAAGUAUUCAAUUCCACGUCAUAGCUUUAUCAGUUGGUUGGUUGGUUGUGAAAAACAGGAUUACCACACUAGAUAAGCUCAAAUGUUGAGGGUCUGAUAAGUGAUGACACUUGUAUUCUUUGCUCUACUGACCAAGAUACUAGGGAUCAUCUUUUCUUCAACUAUUCCUAUUCCUAUGGUGUGUUGAGAGGUUGUCUUCAAAUGAUUCAAAAGUCUUGUCCAUGUUUAGCUGGUUACAAUGACUAAUAAGCUAGGUUAUUCAACAGUUCAAUGAGAAGAAAGCAAGUGCUUUAGUUGGUCGUUUGGUCUAGAAUGUGACAGUCUGUAUGUUAUGGAGAGAAAGGUAACUACUCUCAUGGUGUAUUCCAUGUGCGGAAGGUAACUUGGAAGAGGGAUGAUUCAAGGAUGAGGAAGAAGGAGAAGACUUCAUAAAAUGGAAAAAUAGAAGAAUUACAAUUGCCUUUGUGUAAGUCACAUACUCAAAGAUAAAUUUGUCUUAUUCGAUCUCUAUUUAACAUAUACGAAGUUCUAGACAAAUGUUGAUUUGUCUAGUGGUUUUUGGUUGUGGUUUUGUUUAAGUGGUUUAUGUUAAACCAAAGAGACAAAAUGUAUAUACAAUUUAUGAUGAUUCCGGUAAUGUAGUUGUCAUACAUUUGUAUGUGUAUGACAUGCUUAUCUUCGUGACCAAUAAAAGAUAAAUGAACUUUACUAAAAAUUUAUUGUCAUCUAAAUUCCAUGUAAAACAUGGGGGAGGUAAAUUUGAUUCUGCAUUGAGAAGGUGCAUGGUAAAUUUCGUAAUGGAAAUUGUCGUGACUUAAAACUCCAAUGAUCCAGUAUGAAACUUAUGGUUAAUACUGGCCAAGCAGUUUUUACAACUAGAGUAUUCCAUGCUAAUUGGGUGUUUGAUAAAUGUAAUGACUUGCAUAAGACAAUAUAUCAAAUAUACGGUAUGACAACUAAAUUGGUGUAGGAGUUAUCCUAGUGCUCAUCAUUUGGCAACGGAAUGAGGCAUGUACUAGGAUAUCUCAAAUGCACAAUGCAUUGCAUUUACUUAUGGUGGGUUUCCCUUCAUUAUGGGAUGACAAACUGAUGCAAGUUGAUUUCUUAUAUUGAAGAUUAAACUUCAACACUAAGAUGAGUCCUUUUGCUUGGGGGAGGUGUCAUCUCUUGGGAAUCUAAAAACCAAACUUGCAUCAUUAGUAUCACUAUGGUGUCAAAAUUGUGUGAUGGUUGAGAGAUUUGGUAUUCUUUCAUGGCCUAAACAAAGCUCACUUUAUUACUAUCUUUUUGUAGUAAUGUUACUUUGGCUAUCGAUUAUAGCCAAGUGUAAAAUGUAAAGUACGGUCAUGUCGGAGUUAUGCACAAUAAAAUUCAUGAAUUGAU